CCUCACAAGCUUGCAGGGGAGUGAAGAUGGCGGUUGUGCCUGCCUGUUGGAUGAGCUUAUGUUGUACACUGAGGCGAAUAAAGCGGUAGUUUAUCAUCCUAAAAGGUCUGUAGAACCGCACUUGCCGUGUACUCGCCGCAGCUCUUACUGGCCUAGCCACGGAGCACGCGGAAGUUACUUUACGAAAGAGUGUUGCGCUAGUGUCCAGCUGGGUCAAACACGGUUGCUUAGCAGGUUCUCCGUUGAAUGCCGAGUUGCACUUCUGUCGCUCCGGGUGUGCGCUGAAACAUAGCGAGAGGUCAACGCUUCGCCGUCAUGCUGGGGUCGUUUAUUUCCCCCUUUGAAAAGUUUUAGCGCAGGACGUGCCGUUCGAACGAAGCCCCCAUGGUUCAGCUAUGGACGCACCGACGGACUGCACCGCGGGGCGCGAGACUGAUCCAGCACUUGUCACCGGCGGCGUGACUUCCGCCUCCGGUAACGGGGAGAAAGAGGAUCCCAGUCAGACUGUCAAUGGGAGCCACGCUGUUAACUCUCCCAGUUCAGGAAGCGCCGCUGCACCGGCGGGACCUGUGGUGACAGGCGGCGUUAGUAAGGAUGCGACAUCUGUCACCAGUGGGCCAGUGCUGCCCAUGAAGCCCCCCUCUAACAGUGUCAUCCAGACCCCUCACGUGAACUCUCAGAGUGGCAUCCCCCCUGCGCAAGCACUGGCCACUGUCAAUGGAGGGAGUGAGGGGCCACCAGCUGUGGGGACCGGCCCAGCUCAGACAGGAGCUCUUCUCACCCAAAGUGCACCGUCUGCCAGCACCAAUGUGAGCGCUGCUCCUGCAGAGGCUCCUCCAGCACAUGCUCAGCCCCCCCAGCAGCAGGUCUCUGCUGGUACCAUCAACACUCCCAGAGGUCCAGCUCAAGGAGGGAUCCAAGCAAUGAGCCAUCAGAUGUUGCCCCCCAGACUCCCCCAGGCCUCCCCUGGGCAGCCCAGCAUACAUAACAUCCAGCUCCCUCCUGGGAUGGUACUGGUGCGUAGUGAAAGUGGGCAGCUGUUGAUGAUUCCUCAGCAGGCUCUGGCCCAAGUGCAGGCUCAAGCACAAGCACAGGCCCAGUCUCAGGGCAACAUGGCGCCCAGAACCACUAUGCAAACAAAUGCUUCUUCAGCUCAGUCUCCUGUGAGCACCAUCAUUAACAGACAGGUGACUCCCACUACCAUUAUAAGGCAGAGCGGUCCAACUCCUGCGUCAUUGUCUCCCGCCACUACUCUUCAGAGACCCCCCUUCCUCCAGCGGUCAGUUGUUACUGCAGUACCAGGAAUAACCACAGGCGCAAUAAGCCAACCGGCUGGGACCACUGUUACUUCAAUAACCAUGAGCAAAGAAACGAUGGAGAAUGUCAAAAAAUGCAAGAACUUCCUGUCGACACUGAUAAAGCUGGCGUCCACUGGGAAACAGUCGACAGAGACUGCAGCCACAGUGAGACAGCUGGUCAAGGACCUGCUCGAGAGCAAGCUUGAAGCUGAGGAGUUCACCAGCAGAUUGUAUAAAGAGCUUAACUCAUCCCCCCAACCUUAUCUCGUGCCUUUCCUCAAGAGAAGCCUUCCUGCCCUGAGGCAACUCACCCCGGAUGCAACUGCCUUCAUCCAGCAGAGUCAGCUCCCGCAACCCUCGUCGGCCUCCGUGUCUUCCACCGUGGCCACGCCCACCACAGUGGUCCUGGGGAGCCCGGGCCCUCGACUCAGCGUUCCCAUCACCAGGCCGCAGCUCCAGCCCAGUGUUGUCAAACAAGGACAAACGCACACGCUGGUUCUCCAGCAUCAGCAGCAGCAGCGGCCGAUUAUGAGACCCCCGGCUGUGUCCUCGCUGGCCAUCCGAAACCAAGCUCCUGGACGCAUCGUUUUUGGGCAGCCUCAUCUGCAGUUGCAACCAUUUCCUGUGAGGCCAGACGCUGCAAACGUUGCGAGGAUGUCGGCUGCUGCGUUGACUCCAUUUCAAAAGAACAAGAUCAAAGAGGCGGGCGGAACUUUUAAAGACGACGACGACAUCAAUGAUGUCGCAUCCAUGGCAGGGGUGAAUCUGUCCGAGGAAAGCGCCAACAUCCUGGCCACCAACUCCGGACUCGUGGGCGCCGUGAUGCGUUCCUGUAAAGAUGAGCCUUUCCUGUCCCAUGCUUUGUUGCAGAGGAGGAUUCUUGAAAUCGGAAAGAGAUUCGGGGUAACGGAUGUCGGAGCCGAGGUGGUGACAUUCGUCUCCCAUGCCAUACAGCAGCGGCUUCAGGACCUGCUUGAGAAGGUCACUUACGUGGCCCAGCAGAAAGUCGGCCCCUUCAAGGAGGAGGACGACUAUGAACAGACCAGUGAUGUUCGUAGUCAACUCAAGUUCUUUGAGCAGCUUGACCUGUUGGAGAAGCAGAAGAAAGAAGAACAGGAGAGAGAGAUCCUCCUAAAAGCUGCCAAAUCUCGAGCUCGACAAGAAGACCCAGAGCAGCUGCGUCUGAAACAGAAAGCAAAGGAGAUGCAGCAGCAGGAGCUGGCGCAGUUGAGACAAAGGGAAGCAAACAUGACGGCGCUGGCAGCGAUUGGGCCCAGAAAGAAGAAGAAGAUUCUGGACUCUUCAUCAUCUGCUGCCGCACCAGAGGGAUCAGAAACAGGCUCCUCCGCGUCUGGUGGAGCUGGUUCUUCAGGCUCCAGACCGACCCGACAGCGCAUCACACGCGUCAACCUCAGGGACCUGCUGUUCUGCCUGGAGAACGAGAGAUUCACCAGUCGCUCGCACUUCCUCUACAAGGGCUUUCUCAAGCAGGUUUGACGUGGAGGUGAUGGGAAGCGAGGCAGGUGGAGAGACCACCCCCUCCCACUGCUGCCACCACGAAAGGAGAGCAUUGGCACAUUUCAAGAAUCACGGAUCAAGCCGAAAGUAGCCAGGUUCGUCGGCCUCUCUACCUCCCUUGUCAGUCAGACCCGGUUCCUCUGGGCUUGCUGCACGAGGUGGACAUGACAAAUAUUACAUUUAUGCACUGUAACACCCUUGUUAAUGACCUUUUGAAUUACUACCGAAAUCAUUGCAGAUGUUUUAACCUAAUUUUAGUGUGAUUCUAUAAGUCUAAAUUAAUGCGCACCCACGUAGUUGCCUUGGAAAUAUGAAUAAGCCAUACAGUCUUUUUCUAGCCGUCAAACCGCAUCAUCUCUUUUUAAUCCUAUUUAUUUACUCAAAUCAUGAAUUAUUUAUUAAUUUCUAGCUACACCUCGGUCAUAGAUCGUGGAGAAAGGCUUUCAUUCACUCAUGUUCUCCUUUUGUUUAAAAAAAAAAUUCCAAAUUUCACGUUUUGUUCAGUGGACUAGAGCGUCUUGAUGUUUUCUCACAGUUGACACAAGGAAGAAGGCGUCAUUUUGCAAACCAAACGUUGAUCUACCUAUAGGUGAUUUUUUCUCUCUCUUUGUCUAUCAGCCAACUCCAAGUGUUUCUGCAGCAGCAUUUUACCUGCGUUUAUUUGCGCGUGCGUCCCUUUACUUCCUGUUGAUCAUGACUUGUGAAAGUAGUCUCCUGAUGUAUAUUUGUAAAAAAAAAACAACAAAGUUUUACACAGUUUUUGUAUAGAAGUGAGAAUUUACCAAUACAUUAUACAGAAAGAUACUUUUUUCUUUAAUGGAAAUUUUAAUAAAUAAUGAUUUUACGAAGUCCCUGUGUGAAGCUUUGGGUGGCGGUGUUGCUUCCAUGCCAUUGUUGGUUGUCAUCUACCUACAAUUCAACCAAAUCCACGUCCCGACUUCGCCGCUUAAACAUCUGUGACGCCACAUUAAGCAGUGUUUAUCUGCUGCGUUUAACGCCGGCUCCGCGGGAGAGUGAAAACACGCACUCUCACAUGCACCGAUUGAUUCUUUUGUAGGCUUUUCUCUUCUCCUCUCUCAUCCCAGUGUGUGUGUGUGUGUGUGGAGCAUCAGCCACAACAGCUGCCGCAUCAGCUGCUGCCAUUCACCACAAGCGAAAAGCAGAACACGACCAGAGCCGCUCCUCCUCGGGGUCGACAGACACGAUGAUUGGGAGCUGCUUUUCACCGUGAAGGGAACAAUACGGACCCAUCAAUGGUGAUGAGACCGGCGUCUGUUUUCUUGACUGGCAGUUCAUCUAGUGACCACCAGAUGGCAGC